GGACUCGUGGUCUCUGAGGAAAGCUGGUUUGGCUCGUCUCGAGCUGCGGCCCCCGGGUGCUGUUGGCGGGCGCCUUGAGUCUGCUCAGAUUGCCUUGGAUGAUGGCCUGCGUCUGACAUUUCCCUCGGUGCUUCUCAGCUCUUCUGAGGCCACAGCUGUCAGCUCCCCUGGUCCUGAGCACUUGCCUGGAACCACUGGGUCUGCCACACCUUAUCCAGCCGAUCCUUGUCCUGUUGUGUUGUGUGUGCCCCCUCUGUCCACACCACCCCUUGUGCCUGCUCUUCCUUCUCCCUUCCUUUAGCAUGCCUCGUGGCAGGCGCCCUCGGCAGGGCCCUCGCAAUCCCAUCCGGGCGGCCGCCAAUUACGCCAAUGCACACCCUUGGCAGCAGAUGGACCAGGCCUCUCCUGGGGUGGAGUACACCCCUCUUGUGGACCCCUGGAUUGAGCGGCCCUGCUGUGGGGAUCCUGUGUGCGUGCGCAUAACCAUGGAGCAGAACAACACAGCUAGUGCUUCUGCAGGUGGUAAACCCACGGAAAAGGGCCCACUGGCUGGACGCAUGCCUGGCCCAUGGCCUCUCAGGAUGGACUUCCAUUGGGUGCCUGGCUCAGACCCAGGCACAUUUGAUGGCUCUCCAUGGCUGCUGGAUCGCUUUUUGGCUCAGUUGGGUGAUUACAUGUCCUUCCGCUUUGAGCACUACCAGGACCACCUUAGUCGUGUCUGUGAGAUCCUUGGACGCUUGACUGGUCGAGCCCGGGCCUGGGCAGCCCCCUACCUGAAUGGGGACCUGCCACUGCCUGACAAUUAUGAGUUCUUCUGCCAGGAUCUUGAGGAGGUUAUUCAAGACCCAGUCAAUUUUGCUGAGUACCAUGCUGCAGUCCCCUGCCCUCUGCCCACAGCGUCCAGCCAGCCACCAGUGGCCCCGCAGCUACCUCUGGUGAGGCAGUACUUGGCUCGGUUCUCAGAGACCCUGGCACUCAAUAUGGGCACUUCCCCCAGGCCAGCCCCAGCUGCUUCAGCUGUACCCUCUCAGUCCAGGCCUAACUCUACAUCUGGGAGUGCUCAGCUUGAGCAGCAGCUCCCCAAAGAGAAUGCCCCUGUGCCCCAAGACCCCUCUACUCAGGCCAGUUCUGUAUGUGGCCCUGAUUCUGAUUCUGUGGACCCAGCUGCCUCCCAGUCAGAGGAGGCGGCCCCCAAAUAUGUCUCUAAACCUUCAGAAUUGGCCAAAUCUCCUAUCCAGAAGCUAGACCUAGCUUACCCAGGGGAUUCAGGACUCCAGAAAGCAGAGGCGGAGAUUUCUGAGACAAAGGGAGAGGAGAGAAUGUCUCUGGAUACCUCACAGGGGAUGGCAGAUGUGCCAGAGAGCCCGAAAGAGCCACCUGUUGCACAUCCUGAAUUCUUGGAUCCUGAACAUGAUCCAGGCAGGUGCAACAGUGCCCCUUGGGAUGAAGUGACGUGUAACAGGACAGCCCCAAGGCUCUGUGGGACAGAGUGGUACCCCUAGAUGAAUCCAAGAGAUCCCCUACCUGUGUGAGGAGGUGCAUUUGUUCUGCAGCCCUUCCUGUCUGUGUCCUCAUACUCCAGUUGUGCUGGGUUCCAGCUGUGUCACCAUUCACCUAGGAGUGCCAUUUCACUGCACCUGUCCCCACAGAAUAAUUUUGCAGGUCAGCCCUAUCGUAAUCUGUCACUUGUUGCCUAUGUAGAACACUUUCCUUAGUGUUUCUCAACACUGAUCAGUAUUAGUCAGGACCUAGUCCUUGUAGGGUACUUGUUUUUCUUUUCCACUCAGCAUCCUUCCUGUGCCAGGAAGAAGCAUGCUGUUUGCUUUUUAUAUCUUUUUUUUGCCAGUCUUGGGGCCCAAACUCAGCUUGGGCUCCGUCCCUCACCUUUUUAUUCAAGGUUGGUGCCACAUUACCACUUGUGGCUUUUUGUGUGAUUAAUUGGAGAUGAAUCUCAUGGACUUUCCUGCCUGGGCUGGCUUUUUAUAUCAUUUUUAAAUUUUCAUAAUUAUGGGAUGCAAUGAUAAUUUGAUAAUACAUAUACAAUGCAUAAUGAACAGAUGAGGAUGGCUGGCAUUUCCAUCUCUAUCACUUUAUCCUUAGAAUGCUUGAACUCCUUUUAAUUCUUUUUUAUAAUACAUUAUUAUAAACUAUAAUCGCCCUACUGUUGUAGCACACUAGAAUUUAUUCUAAUUGGUUAUCUGUUACCUGUAUGUUGUCCCUUUCUCACCCAUCUUGAGGCUUGAACUCAGGGCCUGAACACUGUCCCUGGCUUCUUGUUGCUCGAGUCUGGCACUCUACCACUUG